CACUGCGCUUUGGUUAGAUCUCGCUUAUUAGCCAGUUUGGAUCCCACUCAGCGAAUGCGCGAGUCGCUCGAACGCGUUCCCCUGGAACAAUCACAACGCUGCUGGUAACAGUGUGUUCCUUUCAGACUGAGAAAGCGCGCAGAUCGAAGGAAGAUGAGGGAAAGGAUGUUUUCUUUGUUUGUGAGUUUCAGAAUCCCGCAUUGCAGGUAGAAAUCGGUUGUUUGGAAAAUCCGGCUUGAGAAUUUUCGUGGAAAGGAAUAGAAAAGAGAAAACGGAAGUGGAGGGAAGGAAAAGGGCGGAGAAGGAAGCAGAGGGAGAGGGGCGCGGAGCCGAUGAAGGGCGGGAUAGGCGGUGGGGGUUCUUACUCUCUUCCUGCGAAACGGCGAUGGAGAGGGCUCGCAAUUGCGGUCUUAUGCCUCGUUUUCCUCUCCAUGCUCGUUCCGCUCGUCUUCUUGCUUGGCCUCCACAACGGUUUUCCGUCCGCAGGAUACCUGUAUGAUCAACAACCUGCAGUUUCUGGUCAAUUAAGGCAUGUAGAUGAGCUUAUGAAAAGAUUGGGGCCAACUCUCUCAAAGGAUGUUAUUCAAAACUUUGUCAAGGAAGUUGAAAAUGAAACCACUGGUAGGGGCGCCAUUCAAGUCACUAAUCAAAAAGGUUCCCCUAUGCCGCCUUAUGUUGUGCCGAAAGCACCUUCCAAUAAAAAUAGCCCAAGGGUUGAUAGUGUAGGGAAAGUCACUGGACGUAGGAAAGCUGUUGAUGAUGAAAGUGGAAAAUCUUGUGAGCUGAAAUAUGGGAGUUACUGCCUUUGGCGUCAGGAAAAUAGGGAAGAAAUGAAGGAUCGUAUGGUUAAGAAAUUGAAGGACCAGCUUUUUGUGGCCCGUGCAUACUUUCCCACUAUAGCAAAACUUCCAAAACAUGGUAAAUUUUCACAUGAAUUGAAGAUGAAUAUUCAAGAUCUUGAGCGUGUUCUCAGUGUAUCUAUUACAGAUGGCGAUCUUCCAAAAGAGAUUGAUAAGAAAUCGAAUCGGAUGGAAGCUGCAAUAGCCAGAGCUAAAUCCUUUGUUAUGGAUUGUAAUAAUGUUGACAAGAAAUUAAGACAAAUAUAUGAUAUGACUGAGGAUGAGGCUGACUUCCACAUGAAGCAGAGUGCAUACCUUUUCCAACUUGCCGUCCAGACUAUGCCAAAAAGUCUUCACUGCCUGUCUAUGAGAUUAACAGUUGAAUACUUCAAAUCUCCUUUGAUCGAUAUGAAACCCUUGCGAGCUGAGAAAUAUUCAGAUCCAAUGUUGCAACACUAUGCUAUUUUCUCAAGUAAUGUGCUUGCGUCGUCAGUAGUGAUCAAUUCAACUGUAAUGCAUGCAAAAGAAAGUGGGAAUCUGGUAUUUCAUGUUGUGACAGAUCGAAACAAUUACUUUGCCAUGAAACUUUGGUUCUUAAUAAAUACUUACAAGGAAGUGACAGUUCAGGUGCUGAACAUUGAAGAUCUUAAUCUGAACUACCAUGACAAAGCAACUUUGUUGCAGCUGUCGUUGCCUGCGGAGUUCCGUGUUUCCUUACAGAGUGUCUAUUAUUUGCCCAAAAGCGGAUCUAGAACAGAGUACUUAUCUGUUUUUUCCCAUUCACAUUAUCUUCUUCCUGAGAUAUUCCAGAAUUUGAAGAAAGUUGUGGUUAUGGAUGAUGAUAUCGUUGUGCAACAAGAUUUGUCAGCCCUGUGGGAUCUUGACAUGGAUGGGAAGGUAAAUGGUGCUGUGAAUUUUUGUGGAGUGAGGCUAGGUCAGCUGAAUAGUUAUACGGGUCAGAAUGGCUUUGAUGGAAGUUCCUGUGCUUGGAUAUCUGGAUUGAAUAUAAUUGACCUGGUCAGUUGGAGGGAGCAUAAUGUUACUAAUGCCUACUGGAAAUAUGUACAAGAGCAGCUGAGCAUGGGGGAUGGAUUGCCUGGACCUGCUUCCUUGCCUGCUAGCUUGCUGACGUUUCAAGGCCUAGUUUAUGCUCUUGAUGGUACAUGGGUUCUGUCGGGGCUGGGUCAUGACUAUGGGCUUGAUAUAAAAACCAUUAAGAAAGCUGCAGUGUUACAUUAUAAUGGGAAAAUGAAACCCUGGCUUGAGCUGGGAAUUCCAAAAUACAAAGCGUACUGGAAGCAGUUCCUGAAACAAGAGGAUCAGUUCAUGAGUGAGUGCAACGUCAAUUCGUAAGUAGGUGAUGAUCCGGGUGCUGCUGGAAUGUAUGGAAAAAAUCUAGCGAUCUAGGGUUUCUAGAACCAUUGACGUCCGGAUGACCAGUACCAUUUUUUGUGGUUGGGAAGAAAUCGCCUGAGCAAAGGCUGGGAGGGGCAAUGAUGAUUACAAGGAUGUGAUUGCUGUGUUGAAUUCCAUGCAGGUAUUUCUAUUUUUUUUUUGGGUAAAUAAAAAAAAAGAAAGAGAAUUUUAUCUACUUCCCGACCAAGCCGAAAGCAAAAGAGUCUCACAAAUGCCGCAUUUGGCAGUCUUAAAAAGGCUUGAAAUGCCAAAAUCUGAUGGGAAAAUGCAGCUGAAAGAGAAGAGGGGCUUGGUUGUGUACUCUGGCGGUGAAGAGUAACAUGGGGGGAACCUCCUUUGACGAAUAUUUCUGUACACGGGAGUUGUUCAUUCAAAAGCUAAUUGUGAUAUAAAUGAUCAUUGGAUUGAGAAUAUGCCAGAUGCUUUGACGCCCUUAACGUUAAUAUUCUUUAUGGUUUUUAAUCCAUUCGAUUUAUA